UCUUCAGCAACGAAAAUAUGAGAGCCCUGCAUCUGGUUUUUGUUGGUGCCUUCCUGAGUGUACUGCUCUGCCUCCCCAGCCCUGGUCAUGGAGAAUCCUACUUUGGGGACAGCUUCUGCCAUUUAAACGCCUUCCAAGAUGUCUCCACCUUCCAGUUGUCACUAAAGUUCAAGACAAGUCGACGAAGCGGGCUGCUACUCCUGGCUGCUGGAAACGAGGACUACCUGUUCCUUGAGCUCCAAAAUGGGAAAAUACAGGCUCGGAUGAACAUGGGGGCUGGUGAGGUCACGCUGUCCUCAUCUGAUGGAGCAUACCUGAACAAUCUUCUGGACCACAAAGUCUCGCUGACACUGAAAGAAGGCAGGCUUACCAUGACAAUUGAUGAUGUCUUUUCAACAUAUGUUCCUGUGAGCAAUGACGGGGGGCAGCUCAAUAUUGACCAGGGCAUUUGGCUUGGAGGAACUGGAGACCUGCAUACUUCAUACCUUAGCAAUGCCAUUACUCCUUUUCGUGGCUGUAUGACUGAAGUCAAAUUUCAGUCCCAUCAAUUUGAUAUUCUCACUUCAACAUUUAAACGAUGCCAAGACACAAAGGAAGCCUGCAGCAAUGAGUUUGAGGCUGGAGAUGGCGAGACCACCAGUUUCAGCACCCCUGAUUCUUUUAUAUCCUUCUCCACCUGGAGUGGAGGUAGUGGUUCUCGAAGGGCCUUGGAAUUUCUAAUGAAAACCACCAUUGAAGAUGCCUUACUUGUUUUCCAUCCUGGCCAAGAUUCUGACUUCAUUGCUGUUGGUGUUGUGAAAGGCUAUCUCAAAGGUGUACUGGACCUCGGUAGUGGUAUGGAGGCCCUGAAGAAUAUGCAAGUGCGGCUGGAUGACGAUCAGUGGCACAGAGUUAAGAUCGAGAUCAGUCAGGAUUCUUUUGUUCUUAAUGUAGACAGCCAGUCUUCCUCCCUUUCCCUUGACUCAUCACAAAAACUGGAUUUGGUCGGAAGCCUGUAUUUAGGGGGCAUCCAGGCAAAAAUGAAGGAAUUCUUCCAUGAGAAUGGGCCAUUAAGUCGCAUCUAUCAGGAAGAAUUGACAGACGAAUCCUUCAUUGGAUGCUUGGGAGAAAUUAAAGUGAAUCAGAAAGACAGAAACCUGCAGGAUGCUCUGGUGACCAAAGAUAUUCAUGUUAAAUGUGAAGGAGAGGACUAUGACUACUCAAAUUAUGACGGGGAAUUAACCUCAACCUCCCCUACCAUCAGUACCCCACAUAUUUAUGUUGACUUUAAUCAACAACAGCACUGCUACCCAACAGAAAACACAACAGAGUUAUUUAGAAAUGUGACCAAGCUUCUAGAUGUCACCCCAUUACAAGUGCCAGAAGGUGGAGAGGUUUUUCUUGAUAUCAACAACUUAAACCCUACAUUUGACCUCAGUGCUGCAAACAUGCAACAGUCACAGAUUACCUUUACUCUCGUGAGUCUUCCCUCAUAUGGCUUAGUCGAUAUGAACAUUAACAGACAACACAUUCAAAAGUUUACUCUUCUUGAUAUUGUCAAUAAGAGAAUCAAGUAUAUGCAUGAUGGAAAUGAAAGGCUUGCAGAUCAAAUCUAUUUAGAGGUGGUUGCUCAAAGUGAUUUCUACCUUCCAGAAUGUUUAAAAACUCCUCACAAUUAUGUCCUCCCAAUUGAAAUUCUUCCAGUUAAGGAUACACCACAACUUGAUAUAGAGGAAAUCUCCAUCGCUGAAAAUGGCCGCACUCGUUUGAAUACCAACAUCAUGAGGUUGUUGGAUUUCGACUUGAAUUGUGAUGACUUAAUUAUAACUGUUACUUCAGAGCCUCCCAAGGAUUUUGGUUACUUAGAAAACAGAGAAAAACCAGGAGUAAGCAUCUCAGAGUUCGCUUGUAAGGACCUGGAAGAUGGAAAUAUUUAUUUUGUACACAGAGGCGGUAGUACUGGUACGAUGACCUUAAACGUGCCUUUUGAAGGAUCAUCAAGCCUUUUCACUACUUUUAGGUUGUCCGUGAUACAACCGGAUUUAACUAUGGUCACUAACUCUGGCCUUCUUUUGUCACAAGGAAGCAAUGCAUCCAUAGACAAUCACAAGCUGGCUGCUCUCGCUCAUCCUCGUAAUGGCGAUAUUGUGUAUAACAUCACACAACCUCUAGUGUUUGGAGAACUGCAGAUUCUGACAAAUGACGGAGUGCACAAACAAGUCACAACUUUUCAUCAGUCUGAUUUAGAUCAGAAGCGCCUUAGGUAUGUCAGCACAGACUCAAGUGACCAGGAAAAUACUGUGUUGGAGCAGAUCCAAUUCAGCGCUCAUCUGGGGCGGUUCUCCCUCUGGAACAAUACUUUUGCAGUCAUGAUUGCCCCUGCUCAAGUGAAGGUUUCUCAGCUGGUACCACUGGAAAUGGAGGCUGGUGAAGCGCAAACAAUCACAGACCUUCAAGCUGAAUUCACUGACAAAACCCCAGACCCCAGGACAAUUAAAUACAUCCUCAUUACACCCCCGACACUGGGUAGCCUCCUGUUGUCAGACAGAGAGCUGGGUGAGGGUGACAUGUUCACCCAAAAAGACAUUUUAGACAAUGCCGUUAGCUACAGGGCCCGAGUGCGAAGAGCUGUGGAUACUACAGAUCAGUUCCAGUUCAAAGUCUUUGCUGAGGAUCAGCACUCUCCUCUGUACACCUUUCCGAUCAAUAUCAUUGCCAGCGCAGAUGCCCCCAUUUUGACUAAUAAGAAGUUGGUUGUGUUGGAGGGCGCAGAGCAUGCUCUUAACAAAAACUACCUUUGGCUAGAGUCUUCAAGUUCUGUUAAUUUCGUGUAUCGGGUGACUCAAGAGCCAAAGCAUGGGCGGCUAAUAAGGGAUUCCCCACCUGGAGUUGCUAGAUUUGAGGGGGCGAUAAGAGUUUUUAGUAAUGAAGAUAUUGAGUUUGGAAGGCUCGUUUACAAGCACGAUGGCUCCAAGACAAGCAGUGAUGAGUUCCAUUUUUUGGCAAAUGAAGAAAAUUCAGAGAGAACUGUGAGCGAUGUUUUCAGAAUAUCAAUCCAUCCCAAAAAUGAGCAUGCUCCUGUGAGGACAGUGGAUAAAGUCCUCAAUGUGGUCCGUAACGGUCAGCGCCUGCUGACAACAGAUGUCAUUCAGUUCAAGGACAAUGACUCGGGUUUCAAUGACAGUCAAAUCGUCUACGCUCGUGAGGGAAUCCUUUCGGGCAAUAUUGUCUCAACAUCACAGCCAUCACAACCCCUUUUCCGCUUUACACAAGCCGACCUGAAAGAUAAGAAAGUCUUAUUCAUUCACCACGGAGCAGAUCGGGAGCGCUUUUCACUCCAGGUGUCAGAUGGCUUCCACAAGACCACUGCGGUGCUUGAGAUCCAGGCAGGUGAACCCUACCUGCGAGUGGUGAACAACACAAUCAUCGUCAUCGAUCACGGAAGCACCAAAACCCUUAAUACCACCCUGCUGAGUGCAGAAUCCAACAUGGACAUCAGACAUGACAGUGAGAUUACGUUUCAGAUUACAUCCCCACCCAAGGAUGGCAGAAUUAUUGUGAGUGGGAUUGAGGCAUCAGUUUUCACAGAGGAAGACCUGAAAAAGGGUGUAGUCUCAUAUGAGCACAAUUAUGAGAGUCUGAGGUCCAAGGACUCCUUCAGCUUCACUGUGCAGGCAAAUGGACAUUCCAAAGAGGGCACGUUCAGGAUUAAAAUAUUUAAGCAAGGUUACUUGUCUGAGCCUGAGGUGGUCGUCAAUGCCGUCAUCAUUUCUUACGAAGGAGAGCACACCGUAAUCAGCAAUGAUCAUCUCAAGGUGGAGCAAGCUGACAUUUUGCCCAGUGAAAUGAUCUUCACAAUCAAAGAACCGCCUCAGCACGGUCAUGUGGUCAAGCUGACAAUCAGUCCAGGCGCUGAGGCCUCACCUGUCCUCGAUUACAUCCACUCUUUCACUCAGGAAGAUAUUGAUGAAGGACACAUUCUCUACGUGUCUGCACCCACCCAGGGGAAUGAUGUCUUCACACUGGAUGUCAGUAAUGGUUUUAACACAGUGGAGGACCUGCACAUGUUUGUGAACAUCGUGCCCCGGAUAAUCCCUGUCCAAGCCCUCAACUUUACAGUGAAGGAGGGCCUCAGCAGAGUAAUUAAUGCAGACAUUAUUAACAUCUUGGACCCCUUCUACAACUCAUCAACCAUUGACAUUUCUGUGGAUGAACCACCACAACACGGGGAUAUCCGCUCCUUGAGUGGACAGGAGCUUUCUUACUUUUCAUUAGAAGAGAUGAGACAUGGAGAAGUCUACUACAUGCACGACAGCACAGAGAGCACAGAGGACAAUUUUACACUCUCGCUCUCUGCUUAUGACAUUGACCGCAGGAGCCUCCCUUUCACCAUCUCGGUUACUGUCAUACCUGUCAACGAUGAGCCCCCGAAACUGAUGCGCAACACCGGAACAGAGGUUUUUGCUGGUGAGGAAGCUGAUAUCACUUCCAGCAUGCUGAGCACUGAGGACGCUGACACUCCCGCAGAGGAACUGGUUUACAACGUUGAAAUGCCGAUCAAUGGGAGGGUUGCACUGAAAGAGGCGCCUGAUGAUGAGAUCCUAAAUUUUACGCAGGCUCACGUAAACAAAGGCGAGGUCAUCUUCGUCCACGAGGGUGAGGAUUCUGGCAGCUUCAGUUUCACAGUGACAGACGGCGAGCACACGUCUCCUCUCUACAAAUUUGUCGUCACAGCCAGGCCACUCACCAUCACCAUGGUAACGCAGGCGAACCUCAUGGUAUUUCCAGGAACAAGGCAGCCCAUCACAAGCGCCAAUGUGGGGGCUGUAACCAGUGGGGAUGGAAAUGAGAUAAGCUACUCACUUAUCCGCCCGCCUCGUUUGGGAAGACUCAUCCUGGCCAAUGACAGGAACCAGUACGAGGAAAUUAGUCAAUUCUCACAAUCACAGCUGGAGUCAGGAAUGGUCUACUAUGAGCACCAGCUACCCGAGGAACCAUUCUGGGUAGUGAAGGACUCCAUCGAGCUCUCGUCCCAGUCAGCAUCAGACGUCCAUCACAUCCUGCCCAUAACCGUGUCUUAUUAUGCUGCUCACAGCAACAUCUCCUCACAGCUGUGGAGGAACAAAGGUCUGGAUAUUGUGCAGGGCCACAGAAAAACCAUCGAUGAUUCAAUUCUUGAUGCUUCCAACCUUCUGGCUAGCCUACCGGAAGAAAACCGAGGAGAAGUGGAUGUCAUUUUUGAAAUUAAGCGUUUCCCCGGUCGUGGUCGUAUCAUGCUGGAUGGUCAGGACCUGCCCCGUAAUACCCCGUCCUUCAUGCAAGAAGAUGUCAUUCAAGGAAAGGUGGAGUAUGUCCAUGAUGAUUCGGCGGACUCGUCUGACAGCUUUGCUUUCAGAGCCCAUCUUAAGUCUGAGGGCCGUGGUUUGACCUCACCUGCUGAGUCUGUGGUCCUGGAGGAAGUCUUUAACAUCUCAAUCAAACGGAGGGGCUCUGACCCCCCUGAACUAGUCACUACAGAAACACUCUUUGAGGUUCUUCAAGGCGCCAUGACCCUCUUGACCCAGAGACAACUUAACACUCAUGAUGAGGACAGUCCUCCAGAUGAGGUGCACUUCAAGGUGACCAAAGCACCUAGCAAUGGUCGACUAGUUGACUCAGGCACAAUGGAGGCAAUCUCUGAAUUCACACAAGAGAUGGUCAACCGUGGAGAGGUGGGCUUCUACAGUGACAACAGCCUUGUAGAUAGCGUCAUGGAAUUCAUAGUAUCAGAUGGAGAACACCAAACCGAAGCAUACAUGCUACACAUUGUCGUACUGGCCCACACCCUGCUUCUUGACAUAGCCCCUGAGAUCAAGGUGAAGCAGGGCAACGAUGAGACCUUAGUGACCGAAGAGAUGUUGAAGGUCAGCACUGGUGGCCCUAUUGAGGAGGACAUCCUUUAUAAAAUCACAAGUGCUCCCAAGUACGCCGCUGUCAUGGUAGACCGGCAGCCUACAUCUGCUUUUACCCAGAAACUGAUUAAAGAAGGCCGAGUCAGUGUCCGCUUUGUCAAGUCCACUUCACCCCGAGACAGUGUUUCAUUUACAGCCCGCAGCCGGGCUGCUAACAUUUCCUCUGUCCUCAACAUUACUGUGCAGCCUCUGGCCAACAUUGCUCGGGAUCCUCUCUUACCCCAGGGUGCGCUUGUCCAACUGGAUAAAAAGCUUCUAGAUGCAACUCCCCUUGCCAACAAGACCAAAGUUACCCCAACGUUCACUGUCAUCCAGCAACCAAGAGGUGCUCGGUUUGUAAAGUCUGGAGGCCCAAACGCAGGUGACUCAGUGAAGUCGUUCAGCCAAAAGGACCUGGAUGAGGGUCGUGUAGCUAUGGAAGUCUUAAAUGGCUCUUCUGGAUCACACAGUGGUGCCACUCAGGAUGAGGCUCGCUUCCUGCUCAAAGCUCACGGGGUCCCUCCUGCAGAAUGUGUGCUUUCCUUCCAAACCGGUCCCUACAAUGCCUCUGAAAUUUACCCUGUCACUCUGUUGAGGAUUCCCUCCAAAGACAUUGAUCAUCUUCCUGGGUUCCCUCUAGUCACUCCAGUUAGCCCUCUCUGGCCCCACGGAGAUGCCACUACAGCUUCUGGAUCUGGCUCAUAUGGAAGACCACAAGCUGCCAAGCGCAGUAACAUCUGGCCUAUUAUCAUCCCUAUCAUGGUAAUCCUCAUUCUCUUGCUACUGGCAGCUGUCUUGGCCUACUAUCUGAUUCGCAAAAACAAGACGGGCAAGCACAAUGUCCAGACGGCAGCAUCCAAGCCCAAAAACGGCGAGGUGGCUACCACAGAGACCUUUCGCAAAACUGACCCAGCCAAUAACAUCCCAAUGUCCAAGAUGGACUCCAAAGACGCAGACCCUGAGCUGUUGCAGCACUGUCGGACAACAAACCCGGCCUUGAAAAAGAACCAGUACUGGGUCUGAAGCACUCUGAGAUCGGACACAGAGGGAGUGUUGGGAAGUCUCCUCAAAUCAUUCCUCUCAAUAUUAAAAGCAGCAGUUUAUACGAGGCUAAUUUUGUUUAAGCCCUUUACUCAACUCAGCAUAACUCUGGACAGAUUCUCAGGCAAUGAAACACUGAAUACUUAUUGGCAAAGAAAGAGGCAGUUUCUUAUCUACAGAGGCUCAGGCCAUGUCUAUUUAUUUUAGUUUUAUCAUUCCUCUUUUUCACAGGUCGCACGUUAAGACAUAAACAUGGCAUAUGUUUGCAAAGAAGUAUUUAGGUUGUGCUCUGUCUGUGUAUUCCAUAUUUAUCGUAAGCUGACAUUAUUCAGUGAGCGGUUACACAUUUUCAAGUCCCAGAUUUGGUCAGAUUUAUUUUCUUGGUUCAGGAAAGCUAAACGUGUUUGGUGAUGAAUAUGAAAUGAAAUGUAAUAUUUUCAA